AUGCAGAGCGAGCCUGCCCCAUGCCGCAUGAGCGGCUCCGCUGCUGAGCAGCCGCCACCGGGCGCGAUCACCCUCGAGGACCUGGAGGGCAUGAGCGGCGGCGAGGAGGAGGUGCCGCCGCCGCCGGGCUCCGACUUGGCCUAUCACAGCUGCAGCAGCAGCCUGCAGGGCCACGAGGACGAGCAGGAGCGCCUGCUCACCUAUUGGCAGGGCGUGGGCCGAGGGCACCAGGUGGACGUGCCAUGGGAUAUGGCAGAGCCAAUCCAGCAACUGACCAGAAACAAUCACCUUCAGGAAAGAGAAAGUGUUGCCUUUACUGUGAUAAAACGUAAAGAAAAGCUUGGGCAAGUUCUUUACGAGAAACGCUGCUAUGGAAAGUCUAAAUGGGCUUGUGUAAAAGUGCAAGAAGAACAGUACGAACAGAGCAUAUGCCUUGGAUUCAUGAAGCUAAUGAGAUACAUUUGUGAGCAGAAUUCCUCAGGUCUAUAUCUGGGGAUGACUGUUCCCAUUGUGACCAUAGUUCACACCAGUGAAAGCGCAUCAGACCUCACGCGACGCGUGACAGUAGCAUACCACCUCCCCAGUGGGCUGCAAGGACAACCACCCGAGCCCUACGAUCCUGAUAUCACCAUCGAAGAGUGGCCUCCAGCCAUCAUUUAUGCUAGGGGCUUCAGAGGAGUCACUAAUGAAGUCUCAAUCGCAAGAGAAAUAGAUCUACUGGCAGAACUUCUGGAGAGUCCUGAGCUGUGCCUGCAAGACACCUUCAUAGUGGCAGGCUACACCAAUCCAGCAGCUAUAAACCGGCAGAAUGAAAUAUGGUUUCUUGAAAGACCAUAGGCUGGUUUUGAGCUAUGAG